CACAGGUCAUCAGGAAAUGCUUUUUUUUGAAGAUACGAUCACGUGUAUUUCAGCAGAAACUGCAGGUGAAAUGAAACUGACCUUAUAAGGCCCCUUAUUCUUGGCCUAACUUGGAAGAUCUCAUUUAAGCUUAACAACAUGUUGCUGAAACAGUCAAAAACAACACCCAGUGAUCAAAUAUACACAGUGCAAGGUUUUCAUUUUAUACAACACCAGCAAUGCCUCACAUGAAGGUGACAUGAAAGAGGCUAAACAGAAACACCAGCUUCCUCUUCUCUUAGUGGACGCCCUCCUCCUUCUCCUCUUUCUUCUUCCUCUGUCUCAGUCAUAUGCUGGCAAACCUCAGCACCACCGACUAUUGUGUCUGUGGACAGUUGUUCAUCUACAAACCCUCCCACCUCUAGUUCCUUGUUUAUGGGUGCGACAACGCAGCCACUUCAAGAAGAACUUCAGGCUUUUUAUAUCCUCCUCGAGCAGAAACCAGCAUUAAGAAGAUGUCUGACGCUCUCUGUAUUGUGGGUUCAAUGUUUGGAUCAGCAGAAGCACAGCAAGAUUGUGGUUCCUGUUACAUGAUAAACAUGAGCUCUGUACUUGGCAUCAUUGCCUCUGACAUUAUUUUGACCAUCUUCAUCACUAUCUCUGUGUUCUGCAUCGCGACUCACCAUCGGAGGAAGAGGAGAAAUUCUCAUGAUGGAAAAAGAAACCUGCCAUCAUCAAUUUCAAAGAAAAUGGCAACAGAGGUCACAGAAUCUCCCUAUCAGGAGUUACACGGAGUCCAAUCAGAUGUGUACAGUGAGCUUCGGCACUUUAGGAAAUAAAAUUAGAAAACUAAAAAUGUCAGCCAGAUUAUUUUAAACUGUCUGCUACGUACGUCAUGCUUUGCUAUUUAUCUGCUGUAUCGUUGUGUAUUUUGCAUGAAACUCAUAUAUAUUUUAUUCAGUGUUGCACUGAAAGUGAUGUUACUGUGUCACUUACUUUGUUUUAUAUGUGUAUCUGUCUUAAACUAUGCAUUCGUAUUUAACUAAAUAUAAAAUAAACAACAUUUCAAUGCCAAAUCCCCAA